CCUCUAAGCGGCACGUUGCCCGGCCCACAGAGCACCACCACCUCCGCGAGAGCAGUCUGAGCACAGCUCGGACCCAAAGAUUCAGAGAUUCAGAGGCCAGCAGGCUCCGACCUCCACCCAAUUCGUCCGAGGCGCGGGCGACGGCGGUCGGCGACAUGGAAGCCGCGGUGCCCAGCCGUGUCGCGCUCUCCGCGGCAAGCCGCUUCCCCAAUCGCCACGCGGUGGCAGGAGAUAGAUCUACCAUUUACAAGGGAAGGUGCCAAAGUCUUGCAAUCCCUAUGGCUUUGUCAGCAGCUGCACCGGGCAAAGGAGGUGUGCUUGAUCGGCCAGUUGAGAAAACUACUCCUGGUCGUCAGUCCGAAUUUGAUGUGAAGAAAAAGCGCAAAAUGACGCCCCCAUACCGCGUGAUCCUGCACAACGACAACUACAACAGGCGCGAGUACGUCGUCAAGGUCCUGAUGAAAGUGAUCCCAGGUAUGACGGUGGACAACGCGGUGAACAUCAUGCAGGAGGCGCACGUGAACGGGCUGUCGGUGGUGAUCGUCUGCUCCCAGUCGGAGGCCGAGGAGCACUGCACGUCGCUGAGGGGCAACGGCCUGCGGAGCUCGAUUGAGCCCGCGAGCGGCGGCUGCUGAGGAUCCAGAAAACGGGUGCCCCUGUUUUGCCGCGUAUAGUUUGUAAAUACCCUGCGUACCAAAGGUAAAGCUGAAACGGGUGGGGAGGUCACGGGCAGUUGACGUUGCCGCGAAACCGAAUACCACUGGGUAGGUGUGUAAAUCUUUGUACGGGUACCCUGUAGAACAGAAAUAGCGUUUUCAGUUGUGAUUCAUAAAAACAUUUAGAGCCUGCUUGGUUGGACUCUAAAACUUGCCCAGCUAAAAUUAGGGCAAGCUCAUAAACUUUGGCACUUGUUUGGUUCGAAGUCAAAAAAUUUUGGCUACCACAUUUUGGCAGUGAUGGCCUCAA